UCCACCUCUAGGCGGUUGCUCGCUGUGGCCGCCGCCCUCCCUCGACCCAAUGGCGCGGCUGCCGCGUCAGUGAUGUGAAGCAGUGCUCAGGCUUGUCCGGCCCCCGGCCCUCAGCCCAUUACACCAUCCGUCGCGUUAGCCGCUGCAGCCCGCGCAGACUGGGAGGGCGGGAGGCAGCUUGGCGUGGCGGGGCGGGGCGAGCGGCGCGGCCGGAUUCAUUCCUGUGGGGCGCGGGGCAUGGAGGAGCUGUGCGGCCGAAGGCGGAGCACGGCGGCCCGGGUGGCUGGGACAACGGUUUCAAUUUGAAGGGGGCGGCCCGAGCGCGAGCGGCCAGCGGCGGCGGGGAGGACUAGCCCCCGGGCAGUUUGGUGCUCUGGUUGUCAGAUGUUGGAAGACAAUAGGACAGAACGUACUGACCCUGGUUUUAUAUCCGUUCUGGGGUGCAGUGAUUAACACUGAACUUUGGUUCCUGUAACUCUCGCCUGGGUGGAUAGAGUUAAGCCGGAGCUUUGCUCUGAAGGAUAAAUAAAGCGCAGCCUCUCAACUGGACAUAAAUGGAUCUAAAGACAGCAGUAUUUAACGCAGCUCGGGAUGGCAAACUCCGGGUUCUCACCAAGUUACUGGCAAGCAAAUCCAAAGAGGAGGUUUCCUCCUUGAUCUCUGAAAAAACCAAUGGGGCCACACCACUUCUGAUGGCCGCCCGGUAUGGGCACCUUGACAUGGUGGAAUUCCUCCUGGAGCAGUGCAGUGCCUCCAUCGAAGUCGGGGGCUCCGUCAAUUUUGAUGGCGAAACCAUUGAGGGGGCUCCCCCGUUGUGGGCCGCUUCUGCAGCAGGACAUCUGAAGGUGGUUCAGUCUUUGUUAAAUCAUGGAGCAUCUGUCAACAACACGACUUUAACCAAUUCAACUCCUCUCCGAGCUGCCUGUUUCGAUGGCCAUUUGGAAAUAGUGAAGUACCUUGUAGAACACAAAGCUGAUUUGGAAGUGUCAAACCGACAUGGGCAUACGUGCUUGAUGAUUUCGUGUUACAAAGGACACAAAGAGAUUGCUCAGUAUUUACUUGAAAAGGGGGCAGAUGUUAAUAGAAAAAGUGUUAAAGGAAAUACUGCAUUGCAUGACUGUGCAGAAUCUGGAAGUUUGGACAUUAUGAAGAUGCUUCUUAUGUAUUGUGCCAAGAUGGAAAAGGAUGGUUAUGGAAUGACUCCCCUUCUGUCAGCAAGUGUGACUGGUCACACAAAUAUUGUGGAUUUUCUGACUCACCAUGCACAGACCAGCAAGACAGAACGGAUCAAUGCUCUAGAGCUGCUGGGAGCUACAUUUGUAGACAAAAAAAGAGAUCUACUUGGGGCUUUGAAAUACUGGAAAAAGGCAAUGAACAUGAGAUACAGUGAUAGGACUAAUAUAAUUAGCAAACCAGUACCACAGACACUAAUAAUGGCUUAUGAUUAUGCCAAGGAGGUAAACAGUGCAGAAGAACUAGAAUGUCUGAUUGCUGAUCCCGAUGAGAUGAGAAUGCAGGCACUAUUAAUUAGAGAACGUAUUCUUGGUCCUUCUCAUCCUGAUACCUCUUACUAUAUUAGAUAUAGAGGCGCUGUCUAUGCAGACUCUGGAAAUUUCAAACGAUGCAUCAACCUAUGGAAGUAUGCUUUGGAUAUGCAGCAGAACAAUUUGGACCCUUUAAGCCCAAUGACUGCCAGCAGCUUAUUAUCUUUUGCAGAACUGUUCUCUUUUAUGCUACAGGAUAGGGCUAAAGGCCUGCUGGGCACCACUGUUACAUUUGAUGAUCUUAUGGGCAUACUUUGCAAAAGUGUCCUUGAAAUAGAGCGGGCUAUCAAGCAAACUCAGUGUCCAGCUGACCCAUUACAGUUAAAUAAGGCUCUUUCCAUCAUUUUGCACUUAAUUUGCUUGUUAGAAAAAGUUUCUUGUACUCUAGAACAGGACCAUUUCAAAAAGCAGACUAUAUACAGAUUUCUUAAGCUGCAUCCGAGGGGAAAGAAUAACUUCAGUCCUCUUCAUCUGGCUGUGGACAAGAAUACUACAUGUGUAGGGCGGUACCCUGUUUGUAAAUUUCCAUCUCUGCAAGUUACUGCGAUACUGAUAGAAUGUGGUGCUGAUGUGAACGUCAGAGACUCCGAUGACAACAGUCCCCUACAUAUCGCUGCUCUGAACAACCAUCCAGACAUCAUGAAUCUCCUUAUUAAAUCAGGUGCACAUUUUGAUGCCACAAACUUGCACAAACAAACUGCUAGUGACUUGUUGGAUGAGAAGGAAAUAGCUAAAAAUUUGAUCCAGCCCAUAAAUCAUACCACAUUGCAGUGUCUUGCUGCUCGUGUCAUAGUGAAUCAUAGAAUAUAUUAUAAAGGGCAUAUUCCAGAAAAGCUAGAGACCUUUGUUUCACUUCAUAGAUGAUAGUUUGACUGUAUUUUAGCACUGUUAAAGCACGAAUUGGUAACAGUUGUUUCAUAAAUGAGCACUGUUGUGAUAACACCAGCAUUCGUUUAGCUUGAUAUCAUCGUGCUCUCAUUGGCUAAAGCAUUAUAAGCAUCAAAUUUACAGGAUUGGUUUCCCAGUAUUUAAUAUAAAUAUACCAUAUAAUAUAUUG